AUGGAGAAGCACCGAAUGAAGAAGUUGCAACUCAGCGGCUACAGCAGGACGUCUCCGAAUGAGCUCCCAGAGAACUGGACGGACACCAAGGAGACACUCUUGGAAGGGAUGGUGUUCACCGUGAAGUAUCUGGGCAUGACUCUGGUUGGCCAGCCUAAAGGAGAGGACAUGGCAGCAGCUGCUAUAAGGAGGAUUGUAGCCACGGUCAGUCAUCGCUCUUGUAUUUCUUGCCUUUGCAGAAUAUCUUACUGCACAACAGACAAAACUCAGGAUAAGGUCUUUGCCUACGUCUCCCAAAGCCAGUUCAACGAAGCUCUGGAGUGCCAUGCCUUCCUGUGCCAAAAAAAGAAAAUAGCUCAGGCUGUGACUCUGACAGUGGCACAAGCUUUUAAAGUAGCUCUGGAUCUGUGGGAGAUCGCACAGGAAGACAAAAGUAAGAAAGCUCACACAUGCUACUCCUGUUCAGAGCCUGAAUCUCAGCCUGAAUCUGAACCAAACAGUGUUUCAGAGGAGGAGAAGACUCAGGCUCUGAUGGAGCACACACUUAAGAAGCCCUUCUUCCCUUCUUUCCUUUCACCAUCUCCAGGCAGCAAAGCUAGGAGACGCCCAAUCAAACAUGACUCCUGGGAUUUGGAAGAUGGCCUCGAUGAUGCAUUUUCAAGACUGGCAACAUCCCGCAGCAGAACCGUGUCUGAGGAUGCAGCUGUGAGUCCAGCGGAAGAAGAUCUCCUUUCCUUCAGCAGUGAGGACUCAGACUGAACACACACACACACACACACACACACAUCACUCUCACCAGCCUAUAAGAAAGUGUCCUGAACACACAAUGCGCAACGUCUGCCUCAGUGAUGGACUCAUUCACACCACUGCCACUUAAAACAGCAACAAUACCACAAAACAGCAGCAUAGACGUGCAUGAUUCAACUAUAGAACUCUUGAAUUCCAAUGUACUUUCAUUAUAAUACUGUAAGUUCAGGGUAAGUACUUGAUAAUACAACAUGUGAAACUGUAUGUUGUAUUCAAGCGUUUGUGUAAGCAGAUUUACUAUGUAUAUCAUGUAAACAGUGUAAAUCUUUUCACAUUGGUGCUAUAUUGUAGAUACUUGGGUUAUGUUAUUUAAAUAUACAUUAACUGCAAACAUGUACCAAAUGUACAUUCCACAAAGAACAGACGUCUGUCCUUCAGCCCAGCGUUCUUCAAGUCAGAUGGUGUGGGUCGUUUCAGUCGAGUCCUUUGCGCUGAACAAACCCACUUCAAAGCUCUCAGACAAGUGUGAUUAAACAUCAGAUGAUGUACAGUACUGGAGCCGCAUGUGUUAGGGAGCUUUAGAUGUGCAGUUAUACACUCUAGGUGAACGUUUACGAAUAUAAGCAUGUAGAAUUGUUCAGGACUGAUAUUUCGACGCUCUGUAAUUCAAUUUCAGAUACAUAUUGUGGGUCAGGGUGACGUUUGCUUACGCAAUCAUUGCAGAAACUCUUUUCUGUGAUCAUGGAAUUUUGAAAAAUUUGACAAAGGCCUCAAACACAUUUGAAUUUCUUUCUUCUUUAGAAUCCAAAAUAGUUUUGUGUAAAAGCCUUUCACACUGGCUUCCAGCCUCAAGUGUUAGGAUUAUUAUUAUUAUCGUUUAUAUUUACAGUACAGUGU